AUGUUUGAAAAGCUUGGCUCUAAAUUAACUUCUAGAACAUUUGUUGGAAAUUCAAAUAACAAAAAUGAUGGUUGUGAAUUAUGCAACUAAACUUUUGAUUGGUAUUAACUAUUUAUUAAAAUUAUCAAAGGAAACAUAAAUAACAUUAAUGUAAAAGGUGUUUAAGGCAUGUAUGUUACAAUUGUGGUCCUGAUAAAGCUAUCAUUCCAUCUCAUGAUUUAAAAACUCCUCAUAGAAUUUGUAAGAAUUGUAAAGAUGAUUCAAAACAUCAAACUUAGUUGAUGGAUGUAGAAAAAUGCAAGUUUGGAUAAUUAUCAGGAAUUGGAAAAAGAUGGGCUUUUUUGGCUUAAGGAGAUGAGUAUUAAUUUAUUAAUUUUUAGUUUCUAAAUUGAAAAGUCUUAAGAAGAAUACUAAAAAUCCUUAUCAAAAAUUUUAAAAAAUUCCAGCAAUGAAAUAAAAUAAUAAAUUUCAGCUAAUCUAUAUAGAUUUUUUAAGGAGGUAUUUUUAUUGAUUCUAAAUUAUUUUAGAAUAAAAAAAGUUUAAAUUAUUCUUUAUAUGAUUGGAAUUAUAAAAUAUCUUAAGGAGAAUAAGAGAGUUAAUUAUAGCAAAAGAUAUCUAAUGUCUUACAUUGUUUUUUUACUACAAAUCCUGUUAAAUUAACUAGAAAUCUAGUUUUUAUAACUACAUAUAUCUUAUAUUUUUGUGAUGAAGCUAUAACUUUAAUAUUGUUAUCAUUUUUACAUUAAAAAGUACUACCUUCAAGAUUUCAAUAUCAUAAAUUAGAUGCAGAAGAAAACAAACCUAUUGAAUAAGAAGUUAAAUUUUUAAUGGAUUGCAUGGUAGAAUAAUCAAAUUCAACUCUUGAUCCUCUAAUUAAACCUAAAAUAAAGGAAUUUUUAGAUGCAUAUUCAACUGAUAUUCUAAUAAAUUUUAUGUUUAAUCACAUUGAAUUUUAUGUUGGAUAUUUUCUCUUCAAUUAAUUACUUAUUAAUAGAGAUGUAAUUAUUUCAUCUACUUAAUAUAGUUUUCUAUUUAUGAAAAAUUCUUAGCUAAUAUAUGUUUAUAAGCACAAAAGGCUAUUGUAGAAGCUUAAAUUGAUGAAAUACCACUUUAUAUAAUGAAGAACAUAUAAUUAGAAUAGCUUACAACAUUCUUAUAAUUUGAAGAUCAAUAGAAAAGAAAACAUAGAACUAGUUUAACAAGUAAAGAUUAAUUAAGCUAAUAAUCAUAAUUAAUUAUUUAAUAAUAAUAAUAGUCAUAAAAAGAGAAAGAAUAAUAAAGAAAUUCAAUCAAUAAUAGUUCAAUAGAAUAAUUAUUAGAUUUAUUUAUUGGAUUAGUGAAAGAUAUUUCAGAUUCGAAAAUAGAAUCCUAUAUAAUGAAUGAAAAAUAUGAUUCAAAUAAGAGUUAAAUUUAAGAAUUAUAUUAAGCAAUUAAAAAAUAAAAAGAAGAGUUGAUAAAUUUGAAAAACGCCGCUAUUACUUAUGGAAAAAUAGAUUAGGAUACAGAAUCUGAUUUUUAUAAUUCUAGAAUAUCAAGAAGUUCAAUAAAAUCAGAAAAUGCCGAUAAAGCAUUUAAUUAAAGAGAAUUAAAUGAAAAAAAUACUUAAAUUAGUGAGCUGGAAGAUAAAAUUAAAAAUUAAUAAAAAUUAAUUUAAAAAUAAAUUGAGCAACAAUAAUAAAUGGAAAUAGAUAAUUUCACAUCUGUAAGUAAUUUAAAGGCUCAAUUAUAAAACUAAUAAAAUAGUUAGCUAUUUAAAAAAGAAAAAGAAGAAAAAGAAGAAAUAAUAGUGAAAUUGUUUGAAUAAAAAGAAGAAAACUACAAGAAUCAAAUCUCUGAAUUGCAUUCAGAAAAUAGUAAUUUAAAGUUUUAAAUUAAUAAAUUAUAAAUUCAAUUAUAAUAGGUUUAGAAAAGUAAAAUUGAAUUUGAAAGCUAACUUAAAGAAAAGAUUAAUAGUUAAUAUGAAUAGGAGAUAUUAAAAUUAACAGAGGAAAGAGUGUCAUUAUUAAAAAAGACAAGUUUUUUAUAACAAUAAAUUUUGAAUUCUAAUAUAAAAUAGGAAGAAAGAGAUAAAGAAAUUUUAGAGCUUAAGUAAUAAUUUGAAGAAUAAAAAAAAAAUGCAGAUGAAAUGAGUUAAUUAUGUGCAAGAAAAAAUGAAUAAACAGAAAAAUUAAAUAAACAUAUAGAUGAGUUAAAUAUUCAAAUUUUGGGUUUGAAGAGAAAAGAUUUUGAUUAAAACUUUAAUUAAGUUCAGGUUUAAAACAAUAUUACAAAAGAAUUAUAAGAGAACAAUAUAUAAAUAAGAAACAGUCUUCUUUAAAAAGAAAAAGAAUUAUUUAAUUUGAAACAAAAGUUUGUAGAAGUGAAUUAAUUGAAAAUUGAAUAUUUUGAUAAAAUGUAGAAUUAUGAAAGAAUUAAUAAAGAAAUUAAUUAAACCCUAAAAUUGUAUGAAGAAAAGGAAAUUCAUUAAUUAAAAUCUUUUUAUGAAGAAAAAAUCUAAUUAUUAGAAUAAACUUAGGAAGAAUAAAUGAAUAGGUUGUUAUCAUAAUAUUAGUAAAAUUAACCAAAAGAGUAAGAGUAGAAAAUGACACAAUAAUAAUAAACUUUUAGAGAUAAUAAUUAACCAAUUCAAUAAUAAUAAUAAAUAAGUGAUGAGCAAUCAGGAGAAUAAAGUAAUGGAUAAGUUGAUGAUUGCUUAAUAUUUUGA